CCUGCUCCCCGGCGGACGCCUGGACGCCCUGCAGAUAAAUGCAGUCGCCUUCCUCGAGAGCGAGUGAGGGCGGGCGAAGCGGACGCAGACGCCGCCUGUGACAGUGGCAAUCCCCUGCGCCCCACAUCACAUUCGUCUGCCACAGCAGCAACAACAGAAGAGCGGAGGGAGGGAGCGAGGCGGGAGGAGGGGAGCUGAGCUCGGCGCGCGCCGGGCUCCGCGUCGCAGGCUGAGUCUAGCUGGCGACCGCCACCCCGGGCUCCUCGCCCCGCAGCUUGCUGUGCGCGGCCGCGGCCGCGGGCGCUCGGCAAGUGUAGGCAGCCUCCGGGCGAGCGCGCGUGGGCGAGUGGCCGCGGACACUCUGGCAUCGCGAGGGAAGCGGCGUCGCGCCCUGGUCCUCUGGCCCCGCGGGCCGGCACCGACCGCAGGAAGUUUUAUUUGCAGCUGGGAGCCCGCGGCGGAUGGUGGGACUCUCCGGCCCUGUGCAGUAAAAGAUUGAUCUGUGGGCUGUUGAGCUUAUCUGAGUCCCAGUCAGAGCAGCAGAGGAAAUUAGCACAGCGCUUGGUGGAGAAUGCUAUCUGUCAAAAGACACACCUGGAGAGCGCUGAGUGUAGUGAUAGGUGACUGCCGGAAAAAGGCGAGCUUUGAAUAUUGUCAAGAUCGUACUGAGAAGCACUCCACAAUGCCAGACUCACCUGUGGAUGUGAAGACGCAAUCUAGGCUGACUCCGCCAGCGAUGCCACCUCCCCCGACCACGCAAGGAGCUCCGCGAACCAGCUCAUUCACGCCGACGACAUUAACGAAUGGCACCAGCCAUUCACCUACGGCCUUGAAUGGCGCCCCCUCACCACCUAAUGGCUUUAGCAACGGGCCUUCCUCUUCCUCUUCCUCUUCUCUGGCUAACCAACAGCUGCCCCCAGCCUGUGGUGCUAGGCAACUCAGCAAGCUGAAACGAUUUCUUACUACCCUGCAGCAGUUUGGCAAUGACAUUUCACCAGAGAUUGGAGAAAGAGUUCGCACCCUUGUACUGGGACUGGUGAACUCUACUUUGACAAUUGAAGAAUUUCAUUCCAAACUGCAAGAAGCUACUAACUUCCCACUGAGACCUUUUGUGAUCCCGUUUUUGAAGGCCAACCUGCCCCUGCUACAGCGUGAACUCCUCCACUGCGCAAGGCUAGCCAAACAGAACCCUGCCCAGUACCUCGCUCAGCAUGAACAGCUGCUUCUGGAUGCCAGCACCACCUCCCCUGUUGACUCCUCAGAGCUGCUUCUCGAUGUGAACGAAAACGGGAAGAGGCGGACUCCAGACAGAACCAAAGAAAAUGGCUUUGACAGAGAGCCUUUGCACUCAGAACAUCCAAGCAAGCGGCCAUGCACUAUUAGCCCAGGCCAGCGGUACAGUCCAAAUAAUGGCUUAUCCUACCAGCCAAAUGGCUUGCCUCACCCCACCCCACCUCCACCUCAGCAUUACCGUUUGGAUGAUAUGGCCAUUGCCCACCACUACAGGGACUCCUAUCGACACCCCAGCCACAGGGACCUCAGGGACAGAAAUAGACCUAUGGGGUUACAUGGCACACGUCAAGAGGAAAUGAUUGACCACAGACUAACAGACAGAGAAUGGGCGGAAGAAUGGAAACAUCUUGAUCAUCUGUUAAACUGCAUAAUGGACAUGGUAGAAAAGACGAGACGAUCCCUCACUGUACUAAGACGGUGUCAGGAGGCAGACCGGGAGGAGCUGAAUUACUGGAUCCGGAGGUACAGUGAUGCUGAGGACUUGAAAAAGGGCGGCAGCGGUAGCAGCAGCCACUCCAGGCAGCAGAGCCCCGUCAACCCAGACCCAGUUGCACUAGAUGCACAUCGGGAAUUCCUUCACAGGCCUGCGUCUGGAUAUGUGCCAGAGGAGAUCUGGAAGAAAGCUGAGGAGGCUGUAAACGAGGUGAAGCGCCAGGCGAUGACGGAGCUGCAGAAGGCCGUGUCCGAGGCUGAGAGGAAAGCACAUGACAUGAUCACCACGGAGCGAGCCAAGAUGGAGCGCACAGUGGCUGAGGCCAAGCGGCAGGCAGCAGAGGACGCUCUGGCAGUCAUCAACCAGCAGGAAGACUCCAGUGAGAGUUGCUGGAACUGUGGCCGGAAAGCAAGCGAGACCUGCAGCGGCUGUAACACAGCCCGAUACUGUGGCUCCUUUUGCCAGCAUAAAGACUGGGAGAAGCAUCACCACAUCUGUGGACAGACCCUGCAGGCCCCACAGCAAGGAGAUACGCCUGCCGUCAGCUCCUCGGUCACACCCAGCAGUGGGGCUGGGAGCCCUAUGGACACACCACCAGCAGCCACUCCGAGGUCGACCACCCCGGGAACCCCUUCCACCAUAGAGACGACGCCUCGCUAGACCUACACUCAGACUGUCAGAGGAAAGACACCACAACCAACACGAAAGCAAUUCCUCAUCCUCAGAUGCUCAAAGUCGUUUUUCUGUUUGUUUGUUUAUAGAUGAACUCUCUAUCUUAUUUCAGUACUUCAGCAAGAAAACUUACCUGUAUCUUUGAGGCGGUUGUAAAACACAGAGGGCCAGUAACGGGUCGUAACGAUAACAAAGAUAUCUUUUCUUUAGAGAACUGAAAAGAGAGGAAAGAAUAUAACGUGAAAUGCUAGAUUUGACCUCCUCCCUGUUAUUUUCAAGUAGCUGGGAUUUUAAACUAGAUGACCUCAUUAACCAAUGCUUUACCAAACAGCAAACCAAGAGAUUGCUAAUUGCUGUUGAAAGCAAAAAUGCUAAUAUUAAAAGUCACAGUGUUCUUUAUAUACAAUAAUGGAAAAAAAGGGGGGGGCAAUCCCUCAAGGGCAUGAGCGUUGGAUACAGCAGUAGACAUUUUAACAAGAAGAUGAAUGGCGUCUGUGGGUUGCUAACUGAACUUUGAAGACCCGCUACAAAACGCGCAGAUGUGCAGCAGAUUGGAAGGAGACACAGAUGUUCGCUUUUUUUUUUCCUGUUUCUGAAAAGAAAUAAUAAUAUCCAGGUCAACAGAAUGAAAAAUGAAAGAUGAUUUCCAGUGGGGUGUAUGACUAUAGCAGCAAGAAAAAAAUGCCAUAAUACAAAGGCUCCUUUUUAUACACACACAUACACACACACACACACACACACACACACACACACACACACACCACUCUUAAGAGACUCAGCCUGCAGUUAAUUAGCAUUGUGGCAGCUUCUAAGUCAGCCAGCUGCCCUAAAUAACCCUUCACGAUUUAUUCACUUUUGCAAGGUUCCACAGAGUAAGACAGUGGGUCUGUUCCAGCUCACUCAUUUUUAUAUUGAAAACUAAUUUUAAAAAAUGGUGGCUUCAGCUCCAGCCCCUUUCCAAAAUUUUUCAGCCCCACCCUGUUUGGAUUUUUAAUUAAAAUCUAGUAGUUCUCUUGGUGUUAAAACACUUCUGUCCUGUGAGGUUUUCCCAAUGGUGUUUUUCUUGUAAAUGUGUUGGACAAAUGUGAAGAUGCAUUGUAGCUUAUCCAUAUGCCCACAUUUAGUCUCUUUAUUCCUAGUUGGUGAGAAACCUGUAUCUUUCUAUGCUGCUUUUAUAUCUGUAUGUAUUAGUGAUAUUUCUCUAGUAGUUAAAAAAGAAAAGGAAAAAAAA